AUGGCUUGGAACCGCUGUCUUGGCAGUCUUCGUGAAGGUGAUGUAAUCAGCGACCGUGAGCUGAAUGUUCUGAGUUAUCUGAUUGACUCGAAAGAUGCCGAAGAUCGGAAGUUGUAUCCACCUGCUUUUUUAACCGCUGGCAAACUAGAUGAGUCUCUAGAUAUUAUCGUGGACUGUUCGACUGUAUACGAGAAACUUAGCUCGGACAAGAAAAAGAAAGAAAAGACUCUCCAAAAGAUCGAGAAUACCAUGCGUGAUCGUCUCACAAAAGAUGAUUUGCGUGUGGAGUCGAUUUUGGGAUCGUACAAGUUUACAUCACAAGCUGUUCGUUUCUUGUUGGGCGAUGAACAUAGAGAUUUGAACGAAUGCUUUGAGUUUAUGGAAGAGAUGGCUGCCCAGAAAUCGAUUUUGAAGGGGCUGAAUCUUAAAAGUUUACACGAGUGUCGUGCUGCAUGCGCUGAGCUAAUGAAGGCGUUACUUGAGGUACCAAAGACGACGUCCGAUAACAGCAUCAAGUUUCAGCGGGCGCUUUACCGCGUGAUUGAUUGCGUUGAGGCUGUACUAGGCUGCAUGAAGAAAAUCUUAGCUAAGCAGGAAAAUCUGGUGCAGAUCUUGACGAAUACCCCCCUUAAACAAAGCUCGUUUUUCUUUCCGGGUGAUGCGCAGCAGUAUGCUAACAUCCAGCUGCAACGUCUUGUGAACUCGGAGGCAGCAUUGGACAUCGUGUCGCGUGCGUAUCAGUUAUUAACAGUCGAUAACUUUGAUGCUGAGCCACGUUCUGAAGAAGGACGACGUCGCUUACGUUUCUUUGCGAAUUCGCUAUUCAUGGACAUGCCUGAUGCCAAGCCUAUUCGCAAGAUCCGUUCGUUGACAGUAUCCACGCCGUAUUACAGUGAAAUUGUCAUGUAUUCAAUCAAAGAUUUGACGGCUCAGAACGAUGAUAGCAUCAAGCUAUUGUACUAUUUGAAAACAAUUUAUCCUUUCGAAUGGGAAAACUUGUUGGAGCGACUUCAAGCAAAGGAUAUGGAGGAGGCCUUGAAAAAGUAUCCGGAGGAAGUUCAGUCCUGGGCUAGUUAUCGUGGUCAGACUCUGGCUCGUACUGUGCGUGGCAUGAUGUACAACGAAGAUGCAAUACGCUUUUUGCAUUGGCUUGAAAUUUGUGAGAAUGAAGUGAUGCAUCAGUUUGGCUGUCCUUGCAAUAAAUGUAAGCGUUUAGAUGAAAUGGUGGCUUUGAAGUUCAACUAUGUGUGCACGUGUCAAAUUUACGGUAAGCAAAAGGAUGAGCAGCGUCAGCAAGCUGCUGAUCUUGAAUUUCUUCUCCGCAAGCAUCCGAGCUUACGCGUUGCGUAUGUGGAUGGUCCAAAGAAGAUGAAAGAGGGCCCGCCUAAGUUUUUUUCGGUUCUUAUUCGUGCUGAUGGCGCAAACAUUGCUGAGGUUUACCGUGUAGAGCUUCCAGGAAACCCAAUCAUUGGUGAAGGUAAACCUGAGAACCAGAAUCACGCCAUUAUCUUUUCGCGUGGUGAACUACUGCAAUGUAUCGAUAUGAACCAGGAUGGGUAUCUUGAGGAGGCACUUAAGAUGCCCAACCUUUUGUCUACAAAAGACUCGGAGACUGCCAAAUACCCUCUUACAAUCAUUGGAUUCCGUGAGCAUGUCUUCACAGGCGGCGUCUCGAAUCUUGCCAGUUUUAUGUCGAUCCAAGAAUUGUCGUUUGUGUCGUUAGGUCAACGUAUGCUGGCGCUAAAUCAUGUUCGUCAGCAUUACGGUCACCCCGAUAUCUUUGAUAAAUUAUUCGCUAUGGGCUGCGGUGGUACUGCUAAAGCUUCCAAGGGAGUGAAUCUUUCCGAAGAUAUUUUUGCGGGUUUCAAUAGCACGCUACGUGGCGGUCGUAUCUCGCACGAAGAGUUUAUUCAAGUAGGCAAGGGUCGAGACGUUGGUAUGCAGCAACUGGUUUUGUUCGAGGCCAAGCUGUCUUCUGGUGCUGGCGAAUGUGUGAUCUCGCGCGAUGCAAUGCGCAUGGCGUCUCGCUUAGACUUUUUUCGCCUACAUUCUUGGUUUUAUGGUAAUUUGGGUUGGUAUUUCACACAGACAAUGACAGUUGUGGGUGUGUUUUUCUUCAUCUACGGUAAAGUGUACAUGGCUCUCAGCGGCAUGGACAGUUUUUUCCUCGAGAAGGGUGGUCUCGGUAUUGGUGGUACUUUAAACACGUCGUGGGCAAUUCAGUUUGGCUUCUUGCUUGUUGUUCCUGUCGUUGCCGUCGUAGGUGUGGAGCAAGGUUUCCGCCACGGUGUGACGUAUUUACUGUGGAACGUUUUGACGCUUGGUCCACUGUUCUUUACGUUUCAAAUGGGCACUCGUAUGCACUACUUUGACCGCACGUUGAUCCAUGGUGGUGCCAAGUACCGAGCUACAGGUCGUGGAUUUACGAUCAAACACGAAAAGUUCGCAGAGCUGUACCGCUUCUACGCAUUCAGUCACUUUUACCGUGCAGUCGAGCUUAUCUUCUUGCUGAUUCUGUUCCGAAUCUAUGGAACGUUCUCGUGGUGCAAUUGUUCAUGGACUUUGGAUGCUGAGUUUUAUAGCUACUUCAAGCCUUCAGACAAUGACUGGAAAACUCGAUGCUACGCCAAUUACUAUCAGACCUGCGUUGAACCAACUAAUCAAAAUUAUGGUGUGAUGUCGUAUUCGCUGUGGAUCAUUGCAGCGACGUGGCUGUGGGCGCCAUUCUUUUUCAAUCCAAGUGGUUUUGACUGGGACAAGCUAAUUGAGGACUACUCUGAUUGGCAAAAUUGGCUUAAGACAACAAAUGACUCGGCUGGCAGUUGGUCAGGCUGGUGGUCAAAUGAAGUUGAGUACUUGGAGCACUCGAGCAAAAGCUCGCGUAUUGUUUCGAUUAUCCGCAAGAUGCGCUUUUUCUUUGUUGCCUAUGGCAUGUAUCUCCAGCUAGCGUACAAAACGUAUUACGAAGACCGAGACUUGAAAAUUGAGAAGGGAUCGAUGAUUUCAUAUGCGCUUGCUGGUGCCAUGUUUAUUCUGGUCCUUUUGCUGCUAUGUUGUGGCUACAUUGCGAGCCGUAUCAAGAAAAAAAUGACGUUCAAACAAAAAAAACUGCGCAAAAUGAAGUUUAUUUUGUCGUGCUGCGGCCUCCUAGUAGCUUGUGCGAGUCUACUAGUCAUUUCGCUUGUAAACUUGAUGGAGAUUACUGUCAUUAUUUUGAUCGCCGCGUACUGGUUCCUGCAGCUCUGCAUUUACCGCAACCAGACCCAUCACGUCGUUGUGCGUGCAAUGGCGCGAACCUACGAUCGUUGGGUGGGAUGGAUCAUCUUCGGCCCCGUACUCUUCAUUGCUAUGUUCUUGCCGUUCCUUUCAUCUUUCCAGCAGCGUGUUAUGUUUAACAAUGCAUUCACGUCAGGCCUUGAAGUUUCGAAACUCUUUGCGAACGAGGCAGCGUCGUCCACAAGCAAGAUCGUCAAAGUCAAGCGUGUCGCUAAGAAGAAGAAACGAAGCGACUAG